UCUCACUUUCGUUCUCAGAGGGGGUGGCCCAUUCGUGAAGACGUUUUCUAUAGCGUAGGGGAGUGCCAUUAAUAACUAAUUAGAACAGGGUCACGCCGGCCACAUAUAAGAGAACCUUGACUGCAGGACGAGGUGCAUUUUAGACCCGAGCGUCCUACUCACAGGAAUAAGACUAUCACACAGACUUCCCCCUUUUUAUAGCAAAGGUAGCAGUCACUGUCGUGUUUUCGCAAACUAAUUUCUACUGGUAAAGUGAUUUUUUCAUGCCAUGGGUUCAGUACUGCCACCAGAUGCUCUUGUGCUGAAAUCGGGGUACAAAUCUCAGAGUCGCUCCAUGUCUGAAAUCAUCACCUCGGACAUUCUUCACAGUUUCCUCUAUGGCCGCUGGAGAAACGUGCUGGGGGAGCACCUUUUCGAGGAAAAGACUAGCAGCAUCAGUCCCAAAACUGCCUUCACCGCCGAAGUGCUCGCACAGUCCUUCACCGGUGAGGUGCAGAAGCUGUCGAGUCUGGUAUUACCCAGUGAGGUCAUCAUCGCGCAGAGCUCCAUCCCAGGAGAGGGUCUCGGGAUUUUCUCCAAGACUUGGAUCAAAGCCGGCGCUGAAAUGGGCCCCUUCACGGGGAGAGUCACCUCUCCUGAGCACGUGGAUUUACUGAAGAACAACAAUUUGAUGUGGGAGGUGUUCAACGAGGACGGGACGGUGCGAUACUUCAUUGAUGCCAGUCAGGAGGACCACCGCAGCUGGAUGACCUACAUCAAGUGCGCUCGCAACGAGCAGGAGCAGAACCUGGAGGUGGUGCAGAUUGGCAGCAGCAUUUACUACAAGGCGUUAGAGACUAUCCCCCCAGACCAAGAACUGCUUGUCUGGUAUGGAAACUCACACAAUACAUUUCUUGGCAUUCCUGGAGUCCCCAACAUAGAGGAUGAAAACCAGAAAAAGAUCAGAAAUGAGGAUUCACAUCACAGUGACGGCUCCUCUUCCUCAUCCUCUUCCUCCUCCUCCACCUCCUCCGCGGCCGCCCGCAUGCGUUGCGUGAUCUGCCACCGAGGCUUCAACUCGCGCAGCAACCUGCGCUCACACAUGCGCAUCCACACACUGGACAAGCCCUUCGCCUGCCGCUUCUGCAACCGCCGCUUCAGCCAGUCAUCCACGCUGCGCAACCACGUGCGCCUGCACACCGGCGAGCGGCCCUACAAGUGCGACGUCUGCCAGAGCGCCUACUCCCAGCUGGCCGGCCUCCGGGCACACCAGAAGAGCGCCAGACAUAGGCCGGUGCCCGGCGCGGCAGGUGGGGUAGAGGCCGGCCAGGGCUCCUUUCCCACUCAGCCCCAACAGAUGGCGCCACCGCCUCCCAUGCCCCAUCCGGCUGUGUCUCUCGUCCACCACAUCCCCACUAUGGUGCUCUGAUAGACAAGGGAUGUGCAUUAAGGUUUUUUUUUCUCCUCCCCAUCAUGCAAACAACACUGCACUUUACUGCUCACAGAGGAACACACAAGAACCCUGCACUCACAGUGUGGACUGGAGGCAGCCACCUAGACACAGACUGAGUCAGGGGUUAGGGAGGCAUCCACUGAUGGCUAUGUGCGCUCAUACGCCACCUCACGAAUAAGCUUAAUCACUUCAUAUAAAGUGGGUACAUCAUAAUCAGUAUGUUACUGUUUUUCAAAUGAGCAGGAUCAAAGCACAGGAACAUUGAUCAUCGAACGGUUCAUUUAGAAAGAAGAUACAUGUCUUUUAAUGAGUGCUGCUGAUCCUGGAUGUCCUACAAAGUGUACAGUUUUAGCACUGUUGAUAAAAUAAAAAGUCUAAUCAGAAAGCACAGGACAACUAAAGCACAAUCAGCACAGUCCAGUUUUAUAUGGUAGCUACUUAUUUAGGUAUUCUAUUAUUAAGGCAAAUCACAGAGCGUUUUAAAAGAAAAGUUUUAAAAAUCAUUUCCAUAAUGUCAUUGCCCUGGCAUCUCAGGAAAAAGUUGUCAAGACAAAUUAAAACACAAAAUAAAAGCAGUUAUAAAACAAACUUAAUGUAAAUAAAUACUGGGUAGAGCAACAUUCAUAAAGUAUUGAAAAUGGUCACUUUAUCUGUGUUGAAAAUUGCAUUGGAUUUAUUGUAAACUAUGUAUAUAUUGUAAAUAUGUUUGUACUUUCCUUGAAUAAAUAAUUUCAACUUUGAA